CCCACCACCACCACUACCCCACGGCACGGCCGACUCGCCGACCCGACGACGAAACGGGGACCGCCGCUCAGUCGCGCUCCGGUCCGUCCACAGUAUUGAUCCGCCGGACAAAGGAAACUGACCACCACCGAGUCGUCCGCCAAGAAACGCACACGUCCGCGACGACCCUACCGCCGUCCGUCCGUCCGCUCCCGCUUAUUCCGCCGAGCGACGCCCGAACGCACGCAUCGGCCACCGCACCGCGAAUGAUAAAAACGCUGACCAAAAAUUGCCGUUCGCAUCGUCGCGGCGCCUGCGUGUCCGACACCAACGUGUGUGUCGCCGUGUUUUGAUUCUGUUAUUCGGUGACUUGCGAUCAGUGCGUGUGCUUCGCUCCCGUUACCGUGCCGGUUACCCAGUGUCAAGUUGUUACACACCAGUCUCAACGAAUUUUUUUUUUUUGAUUUUCGCCAUUGACAAUUGCCGGUUGAUCCGUUCCGUGAACUGUUACCACGUGCCACGGCCGCCACCAUGUCCGCAAAGGCGGGUAAAAGACCGUUGCGUUCGUUGACUGCCCACGAGAAGUUGGACGCCAUCCGCAGAGUGCACGAUGGUGAGAGCAAGGCUUCCGUGGCCCGUGACAUCGGCGUGCCGGAGUCCACGCUGCGCGGCUGGUGCAAGAACGAGGAUAAGAUUUCAUACUUGUCGCGCCAAUCCAGCCCGGAAACGGAUGACUCCGAUCACAAAGACAAACGCAUCAAGCUGGACGAUUCGCUGAUGCAGCCCUUCAAUCUAUCGCUGAAGCCGCAGCCAUCCGCUUAUUCGCCGACCUCCGACCUCCGACAGACCGCCGACCUGGACCUGUCGAAGAGCACCAGCCUGAGUGCCAAGGCGGAGACGCCCAAGUCGACGGCGAUGUCGGAACGUGAGAGGAACCGGGCCGAGUUAGCUCGACUUAGCAUUGAACUUGGCCUCAACCGCCCCGAGAUGUUUUUGCCAACGCUCAACAACACGGCCGGCAACAUCACAGACCUCAGCUUCCUGUGGAACAAUUUGCUGAUACAACAGCAAAAGAAUCUGCUCAACAACAACAAGAAAGUGACGGCGGCGGCGGACACCAGCACCAGCCUAAACAAUCAGCCGACCGGCUUGCUGAAAACGGUCGACCAGGACAGCAAGGUAUCGAAACCGACGUUGCCCAACGAUAAACAACAAUCGGUGCACGAUUCCGUGUGGUACUGGCUGAAAACGCAACAAGCCAUGCUAGGCUUGAACCAGGCCGCGCAGCCGACCAACUCCAACGGCAUAUCGUCGACGUCGGCGGCCACCCCGGUGACGACGAUGGCCAACAACGUCGCCCCGCCGCCGAUGACGGGUGACCAAAGUUCUUGGUUCUGGAAGUGGUACAAACAAUUGGCCUACGGUCAGCAAAUGCCGCCGGCCGCAAUACCCGACAAACCAAUCCUCUACCAACAGCUCACCAAAGAUCAGAACGCGGAGAAUCUGUCGGUGCACGACGACAAGGACAAUAUUAAGCAACAACAGGCGCCCGUGCAGAGUAAGCCCAACAAAGCCAGAUCGGUGCUCGACAACUUAUUAUUCAACAACAACAACAACGUAGCCUUGAACAAGAAGGACGAGGAGGACGAUGAAGGAGGCGUGCAGUCCGGCAUCAGUCAGACGGAGGCCGUGGAGCACGGCGAAAAGUUCCUCAAGUGGUUGGAGUCGUGCAGCGAGCCCUCCAUCACCGCCAUGCAGAUCAUGCAGUUCCGUUCGCUGCUGAACAACGUGAAGAUCGGCGCCGACCGGAAAAACGGCGACCUCCAGCACAAAACCAAAGUGAAAAGAAAGUGAGUCAGUCAGUCAGUGAGUGAGAGUGAUGUUUGAGCGAUGUCGGUUAGAUUAUCGACGUCGCAAAAAGGCUGUUGACAAAAGCUUCAAACCAAAUAGUUGAUAGUUUUAGUUGCGUAUGAUUAUGUAGUUUAUGUACAAAUUUUAAAACGCGGGAAAGUCUCCACAAAAACUCCCGCCUCUCAAUGUUACCUAUCGAAAUCUAGGAUAGAUUUUUAUUAUUAUUAUUACAUAUAAAAAUUGUAAAUAUGAGAUGGUUCAUUUAGUCAUUUUGAACUGGAGAUAGUGCCAAAUGUUUGUGAAUAUUUCUGCUCAAAAAUGUACCUAUACCUUGUAUAUAUUUAGCGUAGUUAGAAAUAAUAACGGGAUCUCUUCAGUGUUCUUUGCCAAAGUAAGUUUCGUUUGCCAUUGUACGCAUAUUUAUGUCAUGAUCUCUUAAUUGUUAGAGUGUUUAAGUGAUAUUAUUUUUAUUUGAUUUCAACAACUGCUAAAGACAAAUUUCGAUGAAUGCGUUAUUUGUACAUUGUUGUAAAAAUAUAUUAAUAUUUUUGUACGAAAUUAAUAAAUUUCUGGACUGAA